AUGAACUCACCAAAAAAGAACGCUUUUCCAACUCUGAACAACUUGAAAAUUAUACAGUCCUCAUAUGGUCAAAGAAUCAGUAAAUGUACUCAUCUUGUCAUCAAGAAGGACACCAAAAAGAUCAUCGAUACCAGAUUACUCUCCCAAACAUCCAUUGAAUAAGCCAAGCAGCGAUUCAUUGCUAAUCAAGAGAGGUAGAGGCAAAUGUAGAAAAGCCUACCUCCCAUCAUGAAAAGAAAGGAAUUUCAUCAAAGAAGUGUUUCAGUUUCAGCCCAAAAAACGCCCUAUUCAAAAUACUUUUAUUUUGUCGGAGAAGGCAACAAUCAUCAACUAAUUAAGAAAUUAUUGGAUGACAGGUAGAAUUGGGUCUAGGUCAAGGAUCCAAAAUCUAAGAAAAUUAAUUUUAAAUGGCAAGAGACCGAGAAAGGCUAUGAAUAUUAGACCAUUAAUUAAAAAGAACAACCCAUUUAGAUGCUCAACCAUUUUGAGUUUCAUUCAGAAAUUUCUGAUAAGUUUAAGUUAGCUGUGAAUUUCAAGGCGUAUUGCGAUAAAAACAGACUAAACAUAUAUGAUUACACUCCCACAACCUUUGCCAUCGAGUGUACCAAUGAAAACCUCAAAUCCGAAUUGUUUUAGUUUAUUUCCUUUUACCGAUAAAAUUGCCCUUAACACAAAUUGCCUGAAUUGGACAAAACAAUUAAAUAGUAAUUCUUCUCAUAUACGACUCUGUAUGAUACCAAAGUGAAUCAAUACCCAACUUUAUUCGGCAACGAAAAUUUGUGGAUCUUCAAACCUUCCAAUAUGAAUCAAGGAAGAGGGAUCCAUGUUGUACGCAGCUUAUAAGAAGUAUUGGAUAUUUAGAGUAAAUACCAAGGGGGAUACAAGGAGAAAUUGUUGGAAGUGAAAAGAAAUGAAUAAAAUGAAAUAAUCAAUAAGGUGGUGUAUUUAAAUACAUUGGUAACAGAACAAUUUGUAAUAUAAAAAUAUAUUGAGAAACCAAUGUUAAUAGAUGGAAGAAAAUUCGAUAUUAGAGCUUAUGUUCUAUUGACAUCUAAUUUAUAAAUAUAUUUUUACAGGGAAGGUCAAUUGAGAUUGGCUACUGAAAAGUUUGAUACGAAAGUGCAUUCUAAUUAUGUUCAUCUCACCAAUAAUGCCAUCUAAUAUACUCAUCCUGAAUAUGGCAAAACUGAAGAAGGGAAUCAAUACAACUUUGAUUAAGCACAACAUUUGUUUAAGAAGGAUUUUCGAUAAGAAAUCUUAGGAAGAAUUAAAAAUAUAUCUUAUACAGCAUUCUAAACAGUUAAGCAUAAAAUAAACAAGCAAAAACGAAAAAAUUGCUUUGAAAUUUUUGGAAUGGACUUUAUUAUUGAUGAACAAUCUACUCCUUGGUUGAUAGAGGUUAAUACCAAUCCAAGUUUGGAAGUGACAAGCAAGUUAUUGGAUCAACUAUUCCCAAGGAUGGUCAAUGAUGCAUUUCGAAUCACAGUUGAUUUAGUUUUUCCAUAAAAUGAACCAAAUUGCAAUUAUCCUUUUAUGCACUAUAAAGAUGACGAAAAUCUAUGGGACAAUAUGGGAUAUUUGCAAUCAUGA